AUGGCUAUUGUUCUUAGAUUUGUGGACAAGCAAGGCUAUAUUCAAGAGAGAUUUUUUGACGUUGUUCAUGUGCACGAAACCAAUUCCUUGACUUUGAAGAAGGAGAUAUGUGAUGUCCUUUCUCGCCAUAAUCUUAGUGUGCAAAACAUUCGUGGCCAAAGAUAUAAUGGAGCUAGUAACAUGCGUGGAGAAUGGAAUGGACUGCAAGCAUUAUUUAUUCAGGAGUGCCCCUAUGCAUAUUAUAUUCACUGUUUUGCUCAUCGGCUGCAAUUAAUAUUGGUAACAACAUCUCAAGAGGUAAUUCCUGUGGAACAAUUCUUUACAUACUUAUCUCUUCUUAUAAAUUUAAUUUCAUCUUCUUGCAAACGUGUGGACCAACUUAGAGUUGCUAGAAUUGCUGAAUUGAUUGCUAUUGAUGAACUUGAGACUGGUAGGGGUCAGAAUCAGAUUGGUACCUUAAAACGGCCAGGGACUACAAGAUGGGGGUCUCAUUUUAGUUCUAUCUGUAGCUUAUUCAUAGAAUAUGAAGACAUUUGCUCUGUCCUAAUUGAUGUUAUCAAUUAUGGAAAUACAUCAACUCAAAGAAGGGAAGCUGACAGAGUUUACGAUUUCAUAACAUCCUUUGAUUUUGUUCUUGUUAUGCAUAUGAUGAGGGACAUUUUAGGAUUUGCACAAGUACUUUCUCAAGCUUUACAAUGCAAAUCUCAAGAUAUUUUGAAUGCCCUUAAAUUGGUUUCAGUAACAAAGGAUCGACUUCAAAGUUACAGAGAUAAUGGAUGGAAUGAAUUGUUCACAAAUGUAAAGACAUUUUGUGAUGCACGAAAUAUAGAGGUGCCUGAUAUGAAUGUCAUUUAUAAAGCAGGUCGAGGAAGAAUUCGAAAACAAAAUGAUCCAAUUACCAUGGAGCAUCACUACAGGAUUGAUGUGUUUUUGGCAACGGUUGAUUCUCAAAUACUUGAAUGA